AUGAUGGUCCUCGUUACCUACGAUGUCGCCACGAGCAGCCCGGGUGGUGGCGGUCGCCUGCGUCGUGUCGCGCGCGCUUGCCAGGAUUUCGGGCAGCGUGUCCAGUUGUCCGUGUUUGAGAUCGAGGUGGAGCCGGCCCAGUGGACCGCCCUGAAAGCGCGGCUCGAGAGCCUCAUCGACACCGAGCAGGACAGCCUGCGCUACUACCAUCUCGGUGCCAACGGCGCGCGACGGGUGGAGCACGUCGGCGCGAAGCCCGCUGCCGAUCUCGGCGGGCCGCUGAUCGUGUGA